GUCAACCCUGUCAACCCCAAGCCUUUCAUGCAGGAGCUUACUGGGAAGCCAGUAUUUGUGAAGCUAAAAUGGGGGCUCGAGUACAAAGGAUUCCUUGUCAGCACGGAUGGGUACAUGAACCUCCAGCUGGCUAACACAGAGGAAUUCCAAGACGGGAAAUCAAAUGGUGCUUUGGGCGAAGUCUUCAUCAGG